CCUUGUUGCGGUUAUUGUGCAACGAAAAUGACGAGGAGAAGAACAGUUGCGGGCAGCUUUAUCGCUCUUAUCGCUUACAUCGAACUUGAAACCUUGAAACCACAUGCUUGAAACCGGCUGGGCGAGACAUCGGGCGAGACAGUUUACGAUUGAUUGAUAAGAUUAAUGACACUCGAAAGAGAGGUGACCAGAGACGUCGGUUUGAGUUCAGGAUUCGCUUGGUCAUUCAACGAGUAGAGUCUCUCUGGUGCAGAUAUUGAACCAUAGUAAAGACCUUGAGGAUGGCAUCCCCUUACACGAAGUACCAAUCUCCUCUGUCCGCUCGUUAUGCGAGCCCUGAAAUGUCCUUCGUGUGGAGCGAACAAAAGAAGUUCUCUACAUGGAGACGACUCUGGGUUUUCUUGGCUAAAGCGGAAAAGUCUCUGGGCAUUGGAAUAACAGAUGAGCAGAUCCAUGAGAUGGAAGCCAACAUCGACAAUGUCGAUUUUGCGGCAGCUGUCGAGGAAGAACGUCUCACUCGGCAUGACGUGAUGGCACAUGUGCACGUGUAUGCCAAACUCUGUCCUCGUGCAGCACCCAUAAUCCACCUCGGAGCCACAUCUUGCUACGUCGGUGAUAAUACUGAUCUUAUCCUAUUGAAAGAGAGCUUUCAGAUAGUGCUUCCUAAAGUUGCUCGCUGUGUUCAAAGAUUGUCAAAGUUUGCUACUAAACAUGCCAGCCUUCCCACGCUUGGGUUCACACAUUUCCAGCCCGCUCAGCUGACAACAGUGGGAAAGCGUGCCUGCUUGUGGAUACAGGACCUCUUGAUGGACCUGCGCAACCUCCAAAGGGCAAGAGAUGACCUGCGCUUCCGUGGCGUCAAGGGCACAACAGGCACUCAAGCCAGCUUCUUGCAGCUCUUCGAAGGUGACAACGCGAAAGUGGAGAAGCUCGAUGAACUGGUCACCAAGAUGGCAGGUUUUGAAAAGAGCUUUAUUAUCUGUGGACAGACAUAUUCGAGGAAAGUGGAUGUAGAUUGCCUUUCAGCACUGGCCAGUCUUGGCAGCUCUGUGCAUAAGAUCUGCACCGACCUACGGCUGCUUGCCCACAUGAAGGAAGUGGAAGAGCCCUUUGAAAAGACCCAGAUUGGUUCAUCUGCAAUGCCAUACAAACGCAACCCAAUGAGGUGCGAACGAUGUUGUUCCCUCGCACGCCAUCUCAUGGCACUUGUGGCUGACCCAUUGGCAACACAUUCCACACAAUGGAUGGAGCGCACCCUCGACGACAGUGCUAACAGACGUAUCAGUUUGUCCGAAGCAUUCUUGACAACAGAUAUCCUCCUCAACACCCUGCAAAACGUCACCGAAGGCUUGGUGGUGUACCCCGAGGUGAUAGCGCAGCACUUGCGUGAAGAGUUGCCCUUCAUGGCCACGGAGACUAUCCUGGUGGAGAUGGUCAAGGCUGGAGGAAAUAGACAGGACUGCCACGAACGCAUUCGCGUUCUCUCGCAUGAGGCUGCUGCCCAAGUAAAAGAGCAUGGCAGGCCAAAUGACCUGGUUGAACGCAUUCGGCAAGACGCCUACUUUGCGCCUAUUCACAAACGCCUAGAUGCACUUCUUGACCCAAAGACCUUCGUAGGCCGAGCGCCUCAACAGGUGAAGCAGUUUAUUCAAAGUGAAGUUGCAGAAGCCCUGGAGCCCUACAAGGACCAACUGGGUGUAGAGGCAAAUGUUAAUAUUUGAGCUCCAUGGAAAAUUUAGAUUCAACGAGGCAAUGAUGGCCAAUAAUAUAUUCAUAUUUGUAUCCUGUUAUAGCUUUCAAUUACAGAGCUUUCUCUACAGUUUUUAAAUUUUACCUGAUCUAUUUCCAAUGACCAUUAAAAACAUUUUUCAACAUUUGA